AUGCUCGUCCUGGAAUCGCAGGGUCCAUCAAAUGUGAUGAACAUGUCCACUUCAAUCGAUGCCAAUGAUUUGAAUACGGCAACGGCAGAAGACUCUAUUGAUACCACCCUCCCUUGGAAAGAGAUCUUUCAGAGCAUGUCAUCAAAUCAUGAAGCCCUUCAGCACGACUACGAUCGAUUCCAAUCCGUCAUCCAAAAUACGAAGAUUCGCGAUACUCGAACAGAAGAUCUGGAGCUGGAACUUCUUCAUGCAGGAGAGAAGAGUCUCCAGUCUUAUGUUCACAAUCGUGAUUCAAUCCUGAACUUCAACUUCAUUCCUGAUCCACUGAUAGCUCCCCCCGAUCAUUCAAUGGUCAACACCUUUCAGAAACUCGAUGUUGAUAUGAACACUCUGAUGGAGAAAUGGAUAAACAGGACCAGGCCACAUAAGACUGAAUGGUCCAGAUGGGCUAUCAAGACAGUUCGUCGAGCUAUCACUGCUAUAGACACUUUCCAUAUGUCAAGAGAAGCUUUUAACCAAGCUGGUACCAAUUCAGAGGACUAUGAGUUUCUGCAGGCUGAUAUGUAUGAUGAUGAGAUGAUUCUAACCCAGAGCCUCGAAGAUCUACAAGCUCACGAAAGUGAAAUAACCAAAGUAUUGGAAUUGUCAGGCAAUGAUGAUCCCCAACAACACUUACUGGCCUCUGAGUAUACGGAAUUAAAGAUCGCCCUGAAAGAGUAUAGGGAUAAUGGGAGGUUUGAUAUGGAUGAUAUGGGUGAAGCGUUGGAUGAUUUCUAG